GAAAUUCAAAUAGAAAUGCUCUCUGUUCAAAGACAUGAAGAGGAUGAAUGCCUAACGCAAACAAGAACAUCCUAUGAAACUCAAAUGGAAACAUUUCCUGGUCUUGGACGUGAAGAGGAUGAACCCCUAGUCUAUCUGAGAGACUCCUAUGAAACUCAAAUGGAGACGUUCUGUGUUCAUAGACGUGAAGGGGAUGAGCCCUCAGAGCAACCAAGAAUGGCUGAUGAUUCAUCCUUUCCAGUUCAAAUGGACGACUUCAUUAUUUGCGAACCUUGCGGAGAGCCUUCCUUUCCAUCGACUAACGGACAUUAUGACCAAGUAGAUUCAUCAAUAGAAACUUCAGGAUGGGAUAACAGGGACGUAUCAGACUUUUUUGAUGAUGUUGCUAAGGGAGAUCUUAAAAAAAUAAAAUCCUGGCUCUCGAGAAUCCAACGGAAUAAGUGGCAAAUGGAUGAGCUCAGAGAAAAAGAAACUGGAAAAACCUGUUUGAUGAAAGCUUUGCUGAAUCCAGUGAACAAUUCCCCAGAGACCACUGAAGAGAUCGUUACAUCGCUGAUAGAGUGUGCAAAAGGUUCUGGGUGUUUGAAGAAGCUGCUGGAUGCAUCUUUUACUGCUAAAGCAUAUGAAGGGCAGACAGCACUGCACAUUGCCAUUGAGAAAAGGCUGGACAGGAUAGUUAAGCUCCUAGUUGAAAAUGGAGCUGACGUUCAUAUCCAAGCAAAAGGAACAUUCUUCCAGCCACUUACAUGGAGAGAUGACUGCUUCUAUUUUGGAGAAUAUCCACUCUCGCAGGCUGCUUGCACAAACCAACCAAAGUUAGUGGAGUUCCUGUUAGAUAAAGUUUCAAAUCCUUAUGCCCAAGAUUCCCUGGGAAAUACAGUCCUUCAUGCGCUGGUAAUGGUAGCUGAUGACUCUGAGGAAAAUACAGCGUUUGUGACAGAAAUAUAUGACCAGAUUUUGAAGGCGAGUGAAAAAAAAUGCAUUGAAACUAGAAAUGAGUCAAAGAAGAACCUGGAAAAGAUCUCGAACAAAGAAGGACUCACUCCCCUACAGUUAGCUGCGACAUAUGGGAAGAUCAAGAUCUUCCAGCAUAUUUUAGGAAGAUCCUUUCCAUGUGAAGGCAAACACUCAAUGGCUCAUCUCUCGAGGAAGUUUGUGGAAUGGGCGUAUGGCCCGGUCUGCUGCUCCUUAUAUGAUUUAUCAGAAGUGGAUACUGGAGAGCGCCAUUCUGCCCUGAAGAUUGUGGUGUAUAACACCAACCAUGAGAAACACUAUGACAUGCUGGAUGUGGAGCCUCUGAAAGAGCUGAUUGGUAUAAAAUGGAGACAUUUUGCGGCAGUGAUGUUUGGCAUCAGCACAGCCCUGUAUCUGCUGUACAUCACCAUUUUCACUGUGAUGGCUGCAUAUCAGCCCCAGAUCAACCAGCAGAUGGCAGCUCCCAACACAUCUGUACAUAUUUUGCAGCAGGUUCUCCAUGAGGCAAACGGUGGAAACCCAUGGCUUCUUGUGGCGCAAAUUUACACUUUAAUAGCAGCCAUUUCCUUCUUGGUUAAGAGUGGUUUAGAGAUCUUCUGGAUGUGGCCUUUCACAUUUCGCUCUAUUCUUCAGAUUAACUAUUUCUACGUUCUCUUUUUCAUUCAAGCACUGCUCGUGAUAUGUGCACAUAUGUUGUGCUUCAUGCAGAUGGAAGUUUAUGUUAUAGUGAGGGUCUCAGCCUUAGUUUUGGGAUGGUUCAAUAUCUUGUACUAUUUCAGAGGGUUCCGAAUCACUGGCAUUUACACUGUAAUGGUUCAAAAGAUGAUUUUAGUGGAUGUUUCCAGGUUCCUUUUGGUUUAUGGGGUUUUCCUGGUAGGUUUUGGAGCAGGUCUUGCUUCUCUGAUGAACGAUUGCCCCCAGGACACAGAGUGCAGCCGAUUCCACAGCUUUCACUCUGCAGUGUUUGAGCUCUUUAAGCUUACCUUAGGGCUCGGGGACCUCUCAGGGCAUGAGGAUUCCAAGUACCCGAAGGUUUUCAUGCUUCUGCUCAUCUGCUACGUGAUACUCACCUUUGUGCUCCUCUUAAACAUGCUGAUCGCACUCAUGGGGGAGACCGUCAAUUCAGUGUCCCAAGAAAGUGAGAAAAUCUGGAAGCUCCAGAAAGCCAUGACAAUACUGGAUCUGGAAAGAAGUUUGCCAGUGUCCUGGAGAAAAUGGCUCCAAAGGAAAAAAAUUCACCCCAAUAUGCUAGUUGGCUAUACCCCUGAUGGCAAGGAAGAUCAGAGAACUUGCUUACGGGUGAAUGAUGUGAACAAAACCUACUGGAGUAACACACUAAAGAACAUGAAUGAAGAUCCAGGCCCUCUUGCAAAGGAAAAGAAAGACGGUUCAAGGAGAGAUGCGGUAUGAAAAAAGGAACCUGAGGAAAGAAACACAUCAGUACAUAAAAUUGAUAUUUGAAGAGGUG